AUGGACAACGAUGAAUGCGAUGAGAACACUAAAUUGCUGAGGAAUCGGACGAAACGUGACUCGUGUGUGUGGUCAAACAGUGUAGAAAGUAGAUCAUUUGAAGGAUUUUUCGAUAGUAAAAUGGUUAAGAGCUCCACGCAAAAUGAGGAGUUGGCGGCGACGUGGGGUGGUCGAGUGUCACUCCCGGAUUCUGGACGUUUACGCCGGGUACAUUCCUGGUCUGGUAUUCCGCCUGAUGAUGGCAGUUCCGAAAUCAGAAUUCUGAGGGAACGUUUGGUAAGAACGCAGACGCGUCCACGACCAGGCGCCCUGCGGUACCUAUCCCGGCGCCAGCGAUUGACAUUACUAUCGCUUGCACUGGUAGACUUCAUGAGUUUCUGCUCAAUGAGUAUCAUGGCGCCGUUCUUCCCAAGGGAGGCAACCAGUAAAGGCCUGUCGGAUACCAUGUGUGGCAUAGUAUUCAGCUUUUAUGCCGUCGUUAUGUUCCUGACUUCGCCGUUUUUCGGAAAAUUCUUGCCAUCGGUCGGCGCUAAAUUCAUGUUCAUAUCUGGAAUGUUUGUAGCUGGAUCGUGUAACGUAUUAUUUGGCACGUUAGCCUUAAUACAGGACUCCACUACCUUUCUAUGGUUAUGCUUCGUGGUACGAGGGUUAGAAGCUCUGGGAGCGAGUGCCUACUCCACCGCCAGCUACGUGUUUGUAGUGAACGCGUUCCCAGAGAGCAUUGGAUCUGUGCUUGGUAUAUUAGAGACAUUUGUUGGCCUUGGAAUGUCUGUCGGACCGGCUAUAGGUGGAAUAUUGUAUACGAUCGGGGGUUUCGGCCUACCAUUCUACAGUCUCGGUAUCAUAAUGGUGUUAACAGUGCCAAUCAACUACUUCUUGCUAACUGACUGUGAAGAAUUCGCCGUUGGCUCCAAGUCAGCUUCCAUAUUGAGAUUGUUUAAGAUUCCAUCGAUAAUAAUCACGGGACUUGUAAUAGUGAUUGUAUCAAAUACUUGGGCAUUCCUCGACCCUACAUUGGAGCCGCACCUUCGGCAGUUCAAUCUCACCACAGAACAGAUUGGAUUAAUUUUUCUGCUGUUCUCCAGCCUUUAUGGGAUUUUCAGCCCAAUAUGGGGAUGGGUUGCUGAUAGGGUCCACAAUCAUUGGUGUAUGAUGGUAUGGGGCUUAUUUCUAUCUACACUAGGCCUUUUGUUACUAGGACCUUGCCCAUUCAUACCUGGACUUCCCAGGGACUUAUGGUUAGAUCUGUUAGCGCUCUCUAUUCUAGGAGUAUCAGUGGCUUUGACAUUACUACCAACAUUUCAAGGCGUGCUGGCUAGUUCAAUUUACGAAGGCGGCUGUCCAGAAGCUUUGGCUACAUACAGCGCUGUAGCAGGUGUGUGGUCAUGCUGCUAUUCACUGGGCGAAGUGCUAGGCCCGGCGCUGGGCGGCGCGCUGUCACAGCGCUUUGGAUUUCCACUUUGCGCUACUCUAUGCGCUGCAGCAUGUUUCACUAUGGCCGUAGUAACUUUGACGUUCUUCUCUUUACGGGAGUCAACGAAAUGGGAACAGUCUGUGGAAUCCGGCUCACACUCUAUCCCAUACACGGACACAACGUGGAACAGCAACUUCUGUCGUACUCGCAGUGCACCAGGGUCAAGGGCUGAACAUUCGCCUCUACUCACACCUUGCUCGCUGCACAACAAUAACAGACAUGGAUAUUCUAAUGGGAUGACACCAAUCAGACACUUCUGCUUCAUACACAACAAAAGUAAUAAGAGUGGCGCAGCCAGCAUCUCCGACGCUGUAGUCUAUUUCUUGAAAUUCCAGUUUGUAACCGACAUCUAUAUAAAAAUAAGAAAAUCGCACAGAAAACAGACCCAAUGCCUAACUAGUGUUCUUUAUCAGAAUUAUUUAGAAGAAAACGACACUAAGAAAAACGAAUCAGCAGAAAAACAAACGCCCCAUAAUAAUAACUCGUACAAAUACUGCAAUACAGGAGACAAAUACUGUGCUUAUUUAGAGAGCGCAAUUUUCGGUAGUCACGACGUUGUUGAGAAUCUACAUACCGAUCAUUUAAUGGUGAAGAAUUACCAUCACGGUUUGGUGCCGACGUUAUUAGUGUGCGACGACGAAAAGAAAUCAUCCGGAGAGAUUAUUAAGCACAACCUAGAGAAGGUGCAAUUUUAUGAGCAAAAUCAGAGCUGCAACUCAAUUGAAAGCAUUUUUGAUGGUUGUGAAUGCAGAGAUGGUGUUACAUUUGUAAGAGGCACAGUUACAGUUUCUUCAACUGGUGCUUGCGAAGUAUAA